AUGGAUAGUCAAGUACUUGAACAGCUAAAACCAUGGAUCGAACAGAAGCUACAGGGGGCCAGUGAUAUGGAUCCUAAGGAUCUGGCAGACUAUGUCAUUGUAUUGCUGCAAAAUUCGAGUUCGCCGGCUGAACAGCGCGCAGCAUGUGAGCGUGACCUAGAAGAGUUUUUGCAUUCAGCAACUAGCGGGUUUCUGGAUGCACUUUUCGAACAGAUCCAUCGCAUACAGAAUCCUGAGGCUCAGGCACCCUCAAAUAUUGCACAGCCAAGCUUCGCCCCUCCCCAACCAUUUAGUGGCAACCAGCCAAUGCAAAUGAUGGGGGGCCAAGAAGAGUUUCGAGCAUCGUUCCGCAACCGAAAUAACGACGGUGCUAAUAAUUCAGAUUUUGGGUUCCAAGCUCCACAAAUCCCCCCGCAGUUUGCCAACAACCCGAAGGCCUUUGCCGAUAUGAUGGUAGCCAUGGCUAUGCAAAACGGAGGUGAAGGCUUCCCUCCUGGAACUUUUCCACCCAAAUUCAACGUCCAUGGUGGUAAGCCAAACCACAAUAACCGCCGCAACAACAGACUUAACAAAGAUGGCGGCCCUUCGAAACCUAUGCUCGGAAGCGUACACAAUGAACUCAGCGUUGCAAACCGGCGACUAGUUGUAGACAAGCUUCCGGACGAUAAACUCAAUGAGGACAUUCUCAGAAGCUACUUUGCCCAAUUCGGCAAUAUCACCAAGGUGCGGGUCGAUCACACCUGGCAUCUCGCAGAGCUCGAGUUUGAAUCCCACGAUCAGGCGGUCGCCGCUCAUGAUUCCCCAGCGCCAAUUUUUGAUAAUCGCUUCAUCAAAGUCUACUGGCGUAAAAAAGAUGAAAGCGAUCCGCAGGAAAUCGAUGUCGAAGCUGUUAAACGGAUGCAGGCAGUCAAGCAGCAGCAAUUUUUGGAACGUGAGCAAAAGAAGAAAGAGAACCAUGAAAAGAUGCAACGUUUGAUUGAAAUGCGCACAAAGCUUCUGCAGGAACAGGAGGCUUUGCUCAAGCAGGGUGCGGCUUCAGGUGUUAUUGACGAAACAAACAAUCUUACCGACCGUCUGAAGCAACAGGUCGAGUCUUUGAAAGCAGAAGCCCAAGCCCUUGGUAUCGAUGGAAGUAGCCCUCAACCAGCUCGUGGUGGCUACCGCGGUGGUUAUCGUGGUGGCUUCCGUGGUCGUGGUAGUCCGUACUCUCGUGGUGGCUUCCGCGGCGGGCGUGGUAGCUUCCGCGGCGGACGUGGUGGUUUCACAAAUGCUUCGUUGGAUUUAAGGCCAAAAACUGUGCUGGUGAAAGGUGUUCCUCUAGAAAGGGAGGAGGCGUUACGGGAGCAUUUAGUGUCUGUGGAUCAUUCGAAUAUUGAACGCCAAAGUGACAAUUCUGUUCUUGUUUCUUUUAACGACCGCCGAACUGCCGAGCAGUUUUUCCACAAUAACGAUCCUAGCGUCGGCUCUGUUGAAAAAUCAUGGGUCCGCGACAAUGGUUCUGAUGAGAUGGAGAUGUGA